AUGUCGGAGGAAGUAGAUCGCAACGAUCCGGAGCUCAAGUACCUCUCGGUGGAGCGCAACCAGUUCAAGAUCCGGCCACACAGGCCGAGUGGACACAGAAGUCUGGUGUGGGUGCCGCACGAGAACCAGGGCUUCGUGGCCGCCAGUAUUAAGCGGGAGCAUGGCGACGAGGUCGAAGUGGAGCUGGCCGAGACCGGCAAGCGGGUGAUGAUCCUGCGCGACGACAUACAGAAGAUGAAUCCGCCAAAGUUCGACAAAGUCGAGGACAUGGCCGAGCUGACGUGCCUGAACGAGGCCUCCGUUCUGCACAACAUCAAGGACAGAUACUACUCUGGCCUGAUCUAUACAUAUUCCGGUCUCUUCUGCGUUGUGGUCAACCCUUACAAGAAACUACCGAUCUACACCGAAAAGAUUAUGGAACGGUAUAAGGGCAUAAAGCGACACGAAGUGCCUCCGCAUGUAUUUGCAAUAACGGAUAGUGCCUAUAGAAACAUGUUGGGUGAUCGCGAAGACCAAUCGAUUUUGUGUACUGGCGAAUCGGGUGCUGGCAAGACGGAGAACACCAAGAAGGUCAUCCAAUUUCUGGCCUAUGUGGCAGCCUCCAAGCCCAAGGGCUCCGGUGCGGUGCCGCAUCCCGCCGUGCUCAUUGGCGAGCUGGAGCAACAGCUGCUGCAGGCGAAUCCCAUACUGGAAGCCUUUGGUAACGCCAAGACCGUCAAGAACGAUAACUCUUCGCGUUUCGGCAAAUUCAUCCGGAUCAACUUCGAUGCUUCGGGCUUCAUCUCGGGGGCCAACAUCGAAACCUAUCUGCUGGAGAAGUCGCGUGCCAUUCGUCAAGCGAAGGACGAACGAACAUUCCAUAUUUUCUACCAAUUGCUGGCGGGGGCCACGCCGGAGCAGCGCGAGAAGUUCAUACUCGAUGACGUCAAGUCGUAUGCAUUCCUGUCCAACGGCAGCCUGCCCGUGCCCGGCGUGGACGACUACGCCGAGUUCCAGGCAACGGUCAAGUCGAUGAACAUUAUGGGCAUGACCUCCGAGGAUUUCAACUCGAUAUUCCGGAUCGUGAGCGCUGUUCUGUUGUUCGGCAGCAUGAAAUUCCGUCAGGAGCGCAACAACGACCAGGCCACGCUGCCAGACAACACGGUGGCCCAGAAGAUCGCGCACCUGCUCGGCCUCAGUGUGACGGACAUGACUCGGGCCUUCCUGACGCCCCGUAUCAAAGUGGGACGGGACUUUGUCACGAAAGCCCAAACAAAGGAGCAGGUGGAGUUUGCCGUGGAGGCCAUUGCCAAGGCGUGCUACGAGCGCAUGUUCAAAUGGCUCGUGAACCGCAUUAACCGUUCUCUGGACCGCACAAAGCGCCAGGGCGCCUCCUUCAUCGGCAUUCUCGAUAUGGCCGGCUUUGAAAUCUUCGAGCUAAACUCCUUUGAGCAGCUGUGCAUCAACUAUACCAACGAGAAGCUGCAGCAACUAUUCAACCACACCAUGUUUAUUCUGGAGCAAGAGGAGUACCAGCGAGAGGGCAUUGAGUGGAAGUUUAUUGACUUCGGGCUAGAUCUGCAGCCUACCAUCGAUCUGAUCGACAAGCCCGGCGGCAUUAUGGCCUUGCUGGAUGAGGAGUGCUGGUUCCCCAAGGCCACCGACAGGACGUUUGUCGACAAGCUCGUUUCGGCCCACUCCAUGCACCCUAAGUUCAUGAAGACCGACUUUCGCGGUGUCGCCGACUUUGCCAUCGUGCACUACGCCGGCCGCGUUGACUACUCGGCGGCCAAGUGGCUGAUGAAGAACAUGGACCCACUGAACGAGAACAUCGUGUCGCUGCUGCAGGGUUCGCAGGAUCCGUUCGUGGUGAACAUCUGGAAGGAUGCGGAGAUCGUUGGCAUGGCACAGCAGGCCCUGACUGAUACUCAGUUCGGGGCCCGCACCCGCAAGGGCAUGUUCCGCACCGUGUCUCAUCUUUACAAGGAGCAGCUGGCUAAGUUGAUGGACACGCUGCGCAACACGAACCCGAACUUUGUGCGCUGUAUCAUACCGAACCACGAGAAGCGCGCCGGCAAGAUCGAUGCUCCCUUGGUGCUCGACCAGUUGCGUUGCAACGGCGUGCUCGAGGGCAUUCGUAUCUGCCGACAGGGCUUCCCCAAUCGCAUACCCUUCCAGGAGUUCCGCCAACGCUACGAACUGCUCACGCCCAACGUGAUUCCCAAGGGUUUCAUGGACGGCAAGAAGGCCUGUGAGAAGAUGAUUCAGGCGCUGGAGCUCGACUCGAACCUGUAUCGAGUGGGCCAGUCGAAGAUCUUCUUCCGCGCUGGCGUCCUCGCUCACCUAGAGGAGGAGCGUGAUUUCAAGAUCUCCGACCUGAUCGUCAACUUCCAGGCCUUCUGCCGUGGCUUCCUCGCGCGUCGCAACUACCAAAAGCGCUUGCAGCAGCUCAACGCUAUUCGAAUCAUCCAGCGUAACUGCGCCGCCUACCUCAAGCUUCGCAACUGGCAGUGGUGGCGUCUGUACACGAAGGUCAAGCCUCUGUUGGAGGUGACCAAGCAGGAGGAGAAGCUCGUCCAAAAGGAGGAUGAGCUGAAGCAGGUGCGCGAGAAGCUUGAUACUCUGGCCAAGAACACACAGGAGUACGAGCGCAAGUACCAGCAGGCUUUGGUGGAGAAGACAACUCUAGCUGAGCAGCUGCAAGCCGAAAUUGAACUUUGCGCUGAGGCAGAAGAGUCGCGUUCCCGACUAAUGGCGCGCAAGCAGGAACUGGAGGAUAUGAUGCAGGAGCUAGAGACCCGCAUCGAAGAAGAAGAAGAACGCGUCCUGGCCCUAGGAGGAGAGAAAAAGAAGUUGGAGCUGAAUAUUCAAGAUCUGGAAGAGCAGUUGGAAGAAGAGGAGGCAGCCCGUCAGAAGUUGCAGUUGGAGAAGGUGCAGCUUGACGCCAAGAUAAAAAAGUACGAAGAAGAUCUCGCCCUAACCGACGACCAGAACCAAAAGCUUCUCAAGGAGAAAAAGCUACUGGAGGAGCGCGCUAACGAUCUUUCCCAAACACUUGCUGAGGAGGAGGAGAAGGCUAAGCACCUGGCCAAGCUGAAGGCCAAACACGAGGCCACAAUCGCCGAGCUCGAGGAACGCAUGCACAAGGAUCAACAGCAGCGUCAAGAGUCUGACCGAUCUAAGCGAAAAAUCGAGACCGAAGUAGCCGACCUCAAAGAGCAGCUCAAUGAGCGCCGCGUCCAGGUGGAGGAGAUGCAGGCUCAGCUGGCCAAGCGUGAGGAGGAACUUACCCAGACUCUCUUGCGCAUCGAUGAGGAGUCUGCCACCAAGGCCACCGCCCAGAAGGCUCAGCGCGAGCUAGAGUCACAGCUGGCCGAGAUCCAAGAGGAUCUGGAGGCCGAAAAGGCAGCCCGUGCAAAGGCAGAGAAGGUUAGACGCGACCUUAGCGAAGAACUGGAGGCCCUCAAGAAUGAAUUGCUCGACUCCCUGGACACCACAGCCGCCCAGCAGGAACUGCGCUCUAAGCGCGAACAGGAGUUAGCCACGCUGAAAAAGUCGCUCGAAGAGGAGACCGUCAACCACGAGGGCGUUUUGGCUGAAAUGAGGCACAAGCACUCUCAGGAGCUUAACGGCAUUAACGACCAGCUUGAAAACCUACGUAAAGCCAAGACAGUCCUCGAAAAGGCCAAAGGAACCUUGGAGGCGGAGAACGCCGACUUGGCCACCGAACUGCGAAGCGUCAACAGCUCCCGGCAAGAGAACGAUCGCCGGCGCAAGCAGGCAGAGUCGCAGAUUGCUGAAUUGCAGGUCAAACUCGCUGAGAUUGAACGCGCCCGCUCGGAACUGCAGGAGAAAUGCACAAAGCUGCAGCAGGAAGCUGAAAACAUAACAAACCAGCUGGAGGAAGCCGAACUAAAGGCAUCGGCCGCCGUUAAGUCUGCGAGCAACAUGGAAUCGCAACUCACCGAAGCUCAACAGCUGUUGGAGGAGGAAACGCGCCAGAAGCUGGGUCUCAGCUCCAAGCUGCGUCAGAUCGAAUCAGAAAAAGAAGCUCUACAAGAGCAGCUCGAGGAGGAUGAUGAAGCCAAGCGCAACUACGAACGAAAGCUGGCAGAAGUCACCGCGCAGAUGCAGGAGAUUAAAAAGAAGGCCGAGGAAGACGCGGAUCUGGCCAAGGAACUGGAGGAGGGCAAGAAGCGACUCAACAAGGACAUCGAAGCCUUGGAGCGUCAGGUCAAGGAACUAAUUGCCCAGAAUGACCGCCUCGAUAAGAGUAAAAAGAAGAUUCAGUCGGAGCUUGAAGAUGCCACAAUUGAGCUGGAGGCGCAACGCACCAAGGUGCUCGAAUUGGAGAAGAAGCAAAAGAACUUCGACAAGAUCCUCGCCGAGGAGAAAGCCAUAUCAGAACAGAUCGCCCAGGAGCGCGAUACUGCAGAGCGGGAGGCGCGCGAAAAGGAGACCAAGGUGCUGUCGGUUUCCCGCGAGCUAGACGAAGCCUUCGACAAGAUAGAAGACCUCGAGAACAAGCGCAAGACCCUCCAAAACGAACUCGACGACCUGGCCAACACCCAGGGCACCGCUGACAAGAACGUCCAUGAGCUGGAGAAGGCGAAGAGGGCGCUAGAGUCUCAGCUGGCCGAACUGAAAGCACAAAACGAAGAGCUCGAGGACGAUCUGCAACUGACUGAAGACGCUAAACUCCGCUUGGAAGUCAACAUGCAAGCCCUUCGCUCUCAGUUCGAACGCGACCUGCUGGCUAAGGAGGAAGGCGCCGAGGAGAAAAGACGCGGGCUCGUCAAACAAUUGCGGGAUCUUGAAACCGAAUUGGACGAGGAACGCAAGCAACGCACGGCCGCCGUGGCGUCAAAGAAGAAGCUGGAGGGCGACCUGAAGGAGAUCGAGACCACAAUGGAGAUGCAUAAUAAGGUGAAGGAGGAUGCGUUGAAGCAUGCGAAGAAGCUGCAAGCACAAGUGAAGGACGCGCUGCGCGACGCCGAGGAGGCUAAAGCCGCCAAGGAGGAGCUGCAGGCCCUGAGCAAAGAGGCCGAGCGUAAGGUCAAGGCCCUGGAAGCAGAAGUAUUACAACUGACCGAGGAUCUGGCCAGCUCAGAGAGGGCGCGCCGUGCUGCUGAAACGGAGCGCGACGAACUGGCCGAGGAAAUUGCCAAUAAUGCCAACAAGGGCUCCUUAAUGAUCGACGAGAAGCGCCGACUGGAGGCCCGCAUCGCCACUCUUGAGGAGGAGCUGGAGGAAGAACAGUCCAACUCAGAGGUGCUGCUGGACCGCAGCCGCAAGGCGCAGCUGCAGAUUGAGCAGUUGACCACCGAGUUGGCCAAUGAAAAAUCCAACUCCCAAAAGAACGAGAACGGCCGUGCUCUGCUCGAACGCCAAAACAAGGAGCUAAAGGCCAAGCUUGCUGAAAUCGAAACGGCGCAGCGCACCAAGGUGAAGGCCACGAUUGCCACGCUCGAGGCCAAGAUCGCCAACCUCGAGGAGCAGCUAGAGAAUGAGGGCAAGGAGCGACUGUUGCAGCAGAAGGCCAACCGCAAGAUGGACAAGAAGAUUAAGGAGCUUACGAUGAACAUCGAGGACGAACGGAGACAUGUCGACCAGCACAAGGAGCAAAUGGAUAAGCUGAAUAGCCGCAUUAAACUGCUCAAGCGCAACCUGGACGAGACCGAAGAGGAGCUGCAGAAGGAGAAGACGCAGAAGCGCAAGUACCAGCGUGAGUGCGAGGACAUGAUUGAAUCGCAGGAAGCCAUGAAUCGUGAGAUUAACUCACUCAAAACGAAACUACGACGCACCGGCGGCAUGGGUCUCAGCUCCAGCCGGCUCACGGGCACACCUUCAUCAAAGCGCGCAGGAGGAGGCGGCGGCGGCGGGGACGACUCAUCGGUGCAGGAUGAAUCAUUAGAUGGAGAGGAUUCUGGCAAUUGACGCGUUAAUUAUUAGAUGGAGAUAAAGUUAAAGCGGAGGAAGAAGGUGAAGAUGAAGAGCAAAAUAAACGAUUAUAUUUAAUGUUUCUUUUAUAUAAUUUCUCUGUUAUUUUUUAUAUAAACUAUUAUACAUACUUAAAUUAAAACGUAAACAAACAAAACCAACAUUUUUAUAACGACAAAACGUAAACAAAAAACAAAAACAAUGUUGUAAAACACUCCCCACUCUAUACAAAACAUAAACACAUAAGAAUUUUCCCAUCCCUCGAAUGUCUGCGGAUUAAAGCAGCCAACGAAAUAAAAUUAAAAUUAUACAACACAAA